AUGGUCCGACAAACUGUAUCAGAAGCAAAACUACGAAAGAUCCUUGAAUUAAACGAUAAACUAAAGGAGCAGCUUGAAAUCCAACGUAUUCCGGUAUCGGAAGCAAGUCGGUCGCUGAUUGAUUAUUGCCAAACAAAUCCUGAUAUGAUGGUGCCAUCAGUGUGGGGUAAUCGCAAUCCAGAUCCAUUUGCAGAACCCGUGGGCGAGUGUGCAUGCCGAGUCAUGUGA